CAGACGGGUCAACUCGAAUCAUUACAUACCUAGGUAUUUGAGACGUGCCUCCCCCAACUUGUCCCCAAAGCCCUCGGCUCUGAGUUCGCCGGAUUUCCGAGAACUGUCUGUAUAUUGUAACCUCCUCGACCUUGUAUUAUUGCCGACACAACAUCCUCACACCAACCAGGCUUCGAGACAGACAGCUUUUAAAGGUUCACCAUGACUGACGCUACGCAGACGGUCGUUUUUAUUUCGGGUGUAGGACGAGGAAUCGGAAAUGGUCUCCUCCAAACCUACCUCCAGCGCGACAACCACCUCGUCAUAGGCAGCGUUCGCGACGCUACCUCCCCUCAAUAUGAGAAUCUGAAGUCCCUCCCUACGGGCUCCAAAACCCGCCUGAUCCUCGUCAGCAUCGAGAGCACGUCCCCAACCUCGGCCACGACCGCCAUCCAGGCAGCCCAGGACGCCGCAGGAGGCGUCUCCCACAUCGACCUCGUCAUCGCUAACGCUGCUAUCGCACCGAGGUCCGCCCGCGUCGAGAACGUCGCCGAAUCCGACAUGACCGCCGCCUUCGAUGUUAACGUUCUGGGCCCGCACCGUCUGUUCAAGGCAACGUACGAACUUCUCGGCAAAGCGAAAAAGCCCGUGUGGGCGACGAUCUCCAGCGCCGCGGGUUCUGUGAGCCUAUUAGAGGGGUAUGGAGUCUCGCCGCUGUUGGCGUAUGGCUCGAGCAAGGCGGCCGUGAAUUGGCUUACGGUUGCCAUCCAUGCAUCGAACCCGACCUGGAUCGCCACUGCUAUUCAGCCCGGGUUUGUCAGUACCGACAUGGGCCGUGACGGAUCCGCAGACCUGGGAGUCCCCGCGCCGCCGACGGAUAUCUCUGAAAGUGCGAGCAAGAUUGCAGCUUUCCUGGACAACGCGACUCGCGAGAAGGACUCGGGAAUUUUGUACGAUGUCAUGGCUGAGAGCAAGUUGGCUUUCUAGAGAGUUCAGCUUGUCUUGUUGCAAGUUCCGCCGCCGAAGUGCGAAAUGUAAUGAAAACAGUAGGACACGAUCGCAAACUCAUGACAUCUGUUGGG